CUCCUCCCUCCUCCCUCCUCCCCUCCUGCCGGGACCCAUGGCGGCCGCCGAGCGCCGCGCCUUCGCGCACAAGAUCAACAGGACAGUGGCCUCCGAGGUGCGUAGGCAGGUGACCCGGGAACGUAGUGGGUCGCCCCAUUCCAGCCGGCGGAGCAGCACCAGUCUGGGGGUGCCCCUCACGGAGGUCGUCGAGCCCCUCGAUUUUGAGGAGGUGCUGCUGAGUUGCCCCCCAGACGCCGAGCCGGGGCCCCUGAGGGACCUGGCAGAGUUUCCCGCCGAUGACCUGCAGCUGGAGCUGAGGCCCCGGGAAUGCCGGACCACCGAGCCGGGGAUCCCCGAGGACGGGAAGCUGGAUGCACAGGUGAGGGCAGCGGUGGAUCUGUACAUGGAAGACUGGGUGAUCGUCCACCGGAGGUACCAUCACCUGAGUCCUGCCUACAAUCCCGUCACCGCCCAGACCCAGCGUGAGCGUCAGCGGAGCCUCAGCAGGCAGAUCUUCGAGCAGGAUGUUUCUGGGGACGAGAGGCCCAGCCCCGAGGACUCAGCAGAGGACCCCCGGCCCAGCUCGGGGUCCCCCGACGACACUCCCAGGAGCAGCGGGGCCUCGGGCCUGUUUGACCUGCGGAGCCUGGCGGCCGACUGCCUGCUGCCGUCGCUGCUGGAGCGGGUGGCCCCGGAGGAGCUGGACAGAAGCAACGAGGCCCUGAGACGCCAGCACCGGCCGCCCGCCCUGCUGGCCCUGUACCCGGCGCCGGAGGAGGAUGAGGCCGUGGAACGCUGCAGCCGCCCCGAGCCCCCGCGGGAGCACUUCGGACAGAGGAUCCUGGUCAAGUGUCUGUCACUCAAGUUUGAGAUCGACAUUGAGCCCAUCUUUGGCAUCUUGGCCUUGUACGAUGUGAAGGAGAAGAAGAAGAUCUCAGAGAACUUCUACUUCGACCUGAACUCCGACUCCACCAAGGGGCUCCUGCGGGCCCACAGCAGCCACCCGGCCAUCUCCACCCUGGCCCGUUCCGCCAUCUUCUCCAUCACCUAUCCCUCUCCAGACAUCUUCCUGGUCAUCAAGCUGGAGAAAGUCUUGCAGCAGGGCGACAUCAGCGAGUGCUGUGAGCCCUACAUGGUGCUGAAGGAGGCGGACACGGCCAAGAACAAGGAGAAGCUGGAGAGGCUGCGCCUGGCGGCCGAGCACUUCUGCACCCGGCUGGGCCGCUACCGGAUGCCCUUCGCCUGGACGGCCGUGCACCUGGCCAACGUGGUCAGCACCGGCCCAGAGCGUGACGCGGAGCCUGAAGCCGCUGCGGAUCGCCGCCCCGCCUGGACAGAGCGCCGCCGCCGGGGGCCCCAGGACCGCACAGCCAGCACCGAGGACGCCGCCUGCAGCUUCUCGGGCUUCCGCCCGGCCACCCUCACUGUCACCAACUUCUUCAAGCAGGAGGCCGAGCGGCUGAGCGACGAGGACCUUUUCAAGUUCCUGGCUGACAUGCGGCGGCCCUCGUCUCUGCUGCGGCGUCUGCGCCCGGUGACUGCCCAGCUCAAGAUCGACAUCUCCCCCGCCCCGGAGCACCCCCAUUUCUGCCUGUCCCCCGAACUGCUUCACGUCAAGCCCUACCCCGACCCCCGGGGCCGCCCCACCAAGGAGAUCCUCGAGUUCCCUGCCCGGGAGGUCUAUGCACCCCACACCAGCUACAGGAACCUGCUGUUCGUCUAUCCGCACAGCCUCAACUUCAGCAGCCGCCAGGGCUCUGUGCGCAACCUGGCGGUCCGUCUGCAGUACAUGGCGGGCGAGGACCCCAGCCAGGCCCUGCCGGUCAUCUUUGGCAAGUCCAGCUGCAGCGAAUUCACCCGGGAGGCCUUCACCCCGGUGGUCUAUCAUAACAAGUGCCCGGAAUUCUAUGAGGAGUUCAAGCUGUGCCUUCCGGCCUGCGUGACCGAGAACCACCAUCUGCUAUUCACCUUCUACCAUAUCAGCUGCCAGCCCCGGCCGGGCACCACCCUUGAGACGCCCGUGGGCUUCACCUGGAUCCCACUGCUCCAGCAUGGACGCCUGAGAUCCGGCCCAUUCUGCCUCCCGGUGUCCGUGGACCAGCCCCCUCCCAGCUACUCGGUGUUGACCCCAGACGUGGCGCUGCCGGGCAUGCGCUGGGUGGACGGCCACAAGGGCGUGUUCAGCGUGGAGCUCGCCGCCGUGUCCUCCGUGCACCCCCAGGACCCGCACCUGGACAAGUUCUUCACGCUGGUGCACGUCCUGGAGGAGGGGGCCUUCCCGUUCCGCCUGAAAGACGGGGUGCUGAGUGAGAGCACGGUGGAGCCUGAGCUGCGGGCCAGCUUGGCCGCCCUGCGCCUGGCCAGCCCCGAGCCUCUGCUGGCUUUCUCCCAUCGCCUCCUCCACAAGCUGGUGGGGCUGGUCGUGCGGCCCCCCAUCAUCUGCGGCCAGAUCGUGAACCUGGGCCGGGGUGUGUUUGAAGCCAUGGCUCACGUGGUCAGCCUGGUGCACCGGAGCCUCGAGGGGGCCCAGGACCCCCGCGGCCACUGCCCCCUGUUGGCUGCCUACGUCCACUACGUCUUCCGCCUGCCCGGCACCGAGCCCAGCGGGGUGCUUCCGGCCCCUGUACAGCCCGCCACGCUGGCCCGGGCCUCCGGCCGCCCCGCCAGUCUCUACCUGGCCCGAUCAAAAAGCAUCAGCAGUAGUAACCCCGACCUGGCACUGGCCCCCGGCUCUGUGGACGACGAGGUCUCCAGGAUCCUGGCCAAUAAGGCCAUCGACCGCUCCCACUCCUGGGUGAACUCUGCUUAUGCUCCAGGUGGUACGAAGGCCGUGCUGCGGAGAGCACCCCCUUACUGUGGGGCGGAGCCCAGACAGGCCAUUGACCGCAUGUCUAACCGAACCUCUUCCUGCCUCGAGGGUUCCUCCUCUGCCCCUCCAGCUACUCAGCCGAGACCCACCAUGCACAAGUUGCUUCAUGAGGAACUCGCCCUGCAGUGGGUGGUGAGUGGGAGCGCUGUGCGUGAAGCCGUGUUGCAACACGCCUGGUUCUUCUUCCAGCUCAUGGCCAAGAGCAUGGCACUACACCUGCUUCUGAGCCAGCGGCUGGACACGCCCCGCAAGCUGCGCUUUCCCGGCCGCUUCCUGGACGACAUCUCGUCCCUGGUGGGCUCCGUGGGCCUGGAGGUCAUCACCCGCGUCUACAAGGAUGCCGAGAUGGCCGAGCGCCUCAAUGCCAGCCUGGCCUUCUUUCUCAAUGACCUGCUCUCCCUGGUAGAUCGAGGCUUCGUUUUCAGCCUGGUGCGUGCCCACUACAAGCAGGUGGCCACCCGGCUGCAGUCGGCGCCCAACCCCGCGGCGCUGCUGGCCCUCCGCAUGGACUUCACCCGCAUUCUGUGCAGCCACGAGCACUAUGUGACCCUCAACCUGCCCUGCUGUCCCCUGUCGCCCCCCGCGUCGCCCUCGCCCUCCGUGUCCUCUACCGCCUCCCAGAGUUCCACCUUCUCCAGCCAGGCCCCAGACCCCAAGGUCACCAGCAUGUUUGAGCUGAGCGGGCUCUUCCGCCAGCAGCACUUUCUGGCCGGGCUUCUGCUCUCGGAGCUGGCGCUGGCCUUGGAACCCGACAUGGAGGGGGCAUCCCUGCUGCAGAAGAAGGCGGUGAGCGCCCUGCACGGCCUGCUCUGUGCGCACGACUCGGACCCGCGCCUGGCCGAGCCCGCCGUGCGCGCCCGCGUGGCCGAGUUCUACCUGCCGCUGCUGGGGCUGGUUCGAGACACGCUCCCGCGCCUGCACGACUUCGCGGAGGGCCCUGGCCAGCGGUCCCGCCUGGCCUCCGUGUGGGACUCGGACACGGACGGGGAAGACGACCCCAGAAGCACCAUCAGCCCCUCGGUGGCCAUGGCCAUUGCGGGGGGACCCCUGGCCCCUGGCACCAGGACUAGCCUCACCCAGGGCUCCGGGGCGGCCACCCGUGCGGGCUGCCCGCUGUCAGCCGAGUGCAGCCGCACCCUGCUUGUGUGCACCCUGUGGGUGCUUAAGAACGCCGAGCCCAGCCUCCUGCAGCGCUGGGCAGCCGACCUGGCCCUCCCACAGCUCGGCCGCCUCUUGGACCUUCUCUACCUCUGCCUGGCAGCCUUCGAAUACAAGGGGAAGAAGGCCUUUGAGCGUAUUAACAGCCUGACUUUUAAGAAAUCCCUGGACAUGAAGGCCCGCCUGGAGGAGGCCAUCCUGGGCACCAUCGGGGCCAGACAGGACAUGGUGCGCAGAAGCAGAGAGAGAAACCCAUCAGGACCCCAGGAGAAUGUCCGUUGGAAGAAAAGCGUCAGCCACUGGAGACAGACGUCGGAUCGUGUGGACAAGACUACGGAUGAAAUAGAGCACGAGGCCUUGGUGGAUGGGAACCUGGCCACGGAGGCCAGCCUGGUGGUUCUGGACAUGCUGGAGAUAAUCGUGCAGACGGUGGUGCUGUCGGAAGCCCGGGAGGGCCUCCUGGGGGCGGUGUUGAAGGUGGUCCUGUACAGCCUGGGCAGCGCCCAGAGCGCCCUCUUCCUGCAGCACGGGCUGGCCACACAGCGAGCCCUGGUGUCCAAGUUCCCGGAGCUGCUGUUCGAGGAGGACACGGAGCUGUGCGCGGACCUGUGCCUGAGGCUCCUGCGGCACUGCGCCAGCCGGAUCAGCGCCAUCCGCAGCCAUGCCAGCGCCUCUCUCUACCUGCUCAUGCGUCAGAACUUCGAGAUCGGAAACAACUUCGCCCGCGUGAAGAUGCAGGUCACCAUGUCGCUGUCCACCCUCGUGGGGACCACGCCCAGCUUUAGCGAGGAGCAUCUGCGCCGCUCGCUCAAGACCAUCCUCACAUACGCGGACCAGGACGUGUGGCUGCGGGACAGCGCCUUCCCCGAGCAGGUGCAGGAGCUUAUGUUUAACCUGCAUAUGAUCCUGACCGACACGGUGAAGAUGAAGGAGUAUCAAGAGGACCCCGAGAUGCUUAUCGACCUGAUGUACAGGAUCGCACGGGGCUACCAGGGCUCCCCAGACCUGCGCUUGACAUGGCUGCAGAGCAUGGCGGGAAAGCACGCGGAGCUGGGCAACCACGCCGAGGCCGCACAGUGCCUGGUCCACGCGGCCGCGCUGGUGGCCGAGUACCUGGCGCUGCUGGAGGACAGUCGGCACCUGCCGGUGGGCUGUGUGUCUUUCCAGAACAUCUCUUACAAUGUCCUGGAGGAGUCUGCCAUCUCGGACGACAUCCUGUCCCCGGACGAGGAAGGCUUCUGCUCCGGGAAGCAUUUUACCCAGCUGGGUCUGGUGGCACUGUUGGAACAGGCUGCCGGCUACUUCACCCUGGGAGGACUCUACGAGGCGGUGAACGAGGUCUACAAGACCCUCAUACCCAUCCUAGAAGCCCACCGGGAUUACAAGAAGUUGGCCGCGGUGCACGGGAAACUGCAGGAGGCCUUCACCAAGAUCAUGCACCAGAGCUCCGGCUGGGAGCGUGUGUUUGGGACCUACUUCCGGGUGGGGUUCUACGGGGCCCGUUUUGGGGACCUGGAUGAGCAGGAGUUUGUCUACAAGGAACCCUCGAUCACCAAGCUGGCAGAGAUCUCUCACCGCCUGGAGGAAUUCUACACGGAGAGGUUCGGCGAGGACGUGGUGCAGAUUGUCAAGGAUUCCAACCCCGUGGACAAAAGCAAGCUGGACCCGCACAAGGCCUACAUCCAGAUCACCUACGUGGAGCCCCACUUCGACACCUACGAGCUCAAGGACCGGGUGACCUAUUUCGACCGCAACUACGGUUUGCGGACCUUCCUGUUCUGCACCCCGUUCACGCCUGACGGGCGCGCGCAUGGGGAGCUGGCGGAGCAGCACAAACGCAAAACCUUGCUCAGCACGGACCACGCCUUUCCCUACAUCAAGACCCGCAUCCGCGUCUGCCAGCGGGAGGAGACGGUGCUGAGCCCCGUGGAGGUUGCCAUUGAAGACAUGCAGAAGAAGACCCGGGAGCUGGCCUUUGCCACCGAGCAGGACCCCCCGGACCCCAAGAUGCUCCAGAUGGUUCUGCAGGGCUCCGUGGGCCCCACCGUGAACCAGGGUCCCCUGGAAGUGGCCCAGGUGUUCCUCACCGAGAUCCCUGAGGACCCGAAGCUCUUCCGGCAGCACAACAAGUUGAGACUGUGUUUCAAGGACUUCUGCAAGAAAUGUGAGGACGCCCUCCGGAAGAACAAGUCUCUGAUUGGGCCUGACCAGAAGGACUACCACCGUGAACUGGAGCGGAACUACUCCCGCCUGCUGGAGGCGCUGCAGCCAUUUCUCACACACAGGCCACCCCAGCUCCUGGCCCCCAGCACCACCGGCCUCAGGAAUUCCUUGAACAGAAUGAGCUUCCGGAAGACGGACCUCUGAGCCUCCAGGAGAUCCCAGCAACCUUCCUGUGCCUUGUGGUCCCUGUUCCCCGAUGCUACAAGGAGGCCUGGCUCCUGUCUGUCCCUUCCCUUCUCCCCUCCCUUCCUCCCUCUUUCUGUCCCAGGCCAGAUGCACUGAAAACUUUUGACUUUUU